CAUCGUCCUCCUGCCAGUGGACUUCCGCUUCUGUGUCAACCCAAGGCUAAAAACUGUAGUUCCUGUUCAUCUUUGGGUUUGUUGAUCCAGUCACCCUUCGGCUACAGCUGUGGUUUCCAAUUGCUUCACUCAAGGACUGGAAAGUGCACAACGGACUGUUAAGCAAACAGCAAAGUUGCCCUGAUUCACAUUUUCAACUGGCAGAAGACUCCACUGUUUGCCUUCCAAAUCGCCUUGAUAGUCCAAUUGCCCUCCAGAGGAACUCGGAGGUGCUUCCAGCAGAAGGAACAUGUGCUAAAAAGUUCAACAUCUUUCCUUAUCGACUGGUCGGCUUUGACGCUGGAAGAUGAGCAAUGAAGAUGAAUUUUUCGAUGCCGUAACUGGCCUAGAUUCGGACGAGUCGUACGAAGGGGUGUCAGAGGCCAGUUUUAAAGAUGCACUGGUGUUUGGCAGCAGUCAGAAAAACAACGGGUCGGUGCCACAGGAGAAUGGCAUCAAGAAAUACAGGACAUCAUUACCUGCCCCCAUGUUUUCAAGAAACAACGUCAGUGUCUGGAGCAUCCUAAGGAAAUGCAUUGGACUGGAACUGUCGAAGAUCACAAUGCCCAUCGUCUUCAAUGAGCCUCUGAGCUUUCUGCAGAGAAUCACAGAAUACAUGGAACACACAUACCUCAUCAACAGAGCCUGUUCGCUGCCGGACCCCCUAGAACGAAUGCAGGCGGUUGCUGCGUUCGCUGUGUCAGCAGUUGCUUCACAGUGGGACAGAACUGGAAAACCGUUCAAUCCUUUGCUAGGAGAGACCUAUGAACUCAUCAGGGAAGAUCAGGGCUUCCGGUUGGUUUCGGAGCAGGUAUCCCAUCAUCCUCCAGUCAGUGCCUUCCAUGCUGAGAGCUUAGGUGGAGACUUUGUCUUUCAUGGCUCCAUCUACCCCAAGCUGAAAUUCUGGGGCAAGAGUGUAGAAGCUGAGCCAAAAGGGACCAUUACACUAGAGUUACUGAAGUAUAAUGAGGCCUACACAUGGAGUAACCCACACUGUUGUGUGCACAACAUCAUUUUGGGAAAACUGUGGAUAGAGCAGUACGGCACUGUUGAGAUCGUGAACCACAGGACUGGAGACAAGUGUGUGUUGAAUUUUAAACCGUGUGGGAUUUUUGGCAAAGAGCUGCACAGAGUGGAGGGAUAUAUCCAGGAUAAGAGCAAAAAGAAGCUAUGUGUUGUCUAUGGGAAGUGGACAGAGUGCAUAUGGAGUGUGGACGUACAAGCCUACGAGGCUCACAAAAAGGCAGAGAAGAAAGGAGACAACAAGAAACACAAAAAUGAGGAGUCAGAGAGGGCCGAUGAUGACGCCGACGACAUGCCAGAAGUCCAGGAGACGGUGUCAGUCGUACCAGGAAGUACUUUGCUGUGGAGGAUAGACUCCAGACCACCGCACUCGGCUAAGAUGUACAACUUCACCAACUUUGCAAUGUCUCUCAAUGAGCUGGACCCCAGGAUGGAAGCCAUCUUGGCCCCCACGGACUGUCGGUUUAGGCCUGAUAUCAGAGCCAUGGAGAAUGGCAACAUGGAUAAAGCUAGUGAAGAGAAGGAGAGGCUUGAGGAAAAACAGAGAGCAGCUAGGAAAGAGAGGAACAAGAACGAUGAAGAGUGGAGCACAAGGUGGUUUCAGAUGGGCACCAACCCCUGCACUGGCUCCCAGGACUGGAUAUAUUCUGGAGGCUAUUUCAACAGAAACUACCAGGAUCUGCCUGACAUCUACUGAUCGAGGCCAACCUUCACCCCUCCCUUAUAAGAUAUCGACACCUGCCUUGUCAUCAGUCUGACAGACUUCUGAGUAAUUCACUUUAAUUGCAUCUUCUUUUCUGACUUCAGCGUGCUCGUUGCAUCCUCAGUAACACCCCAGUGCAGUUUUGAAUGAACAAAGACGCAAAGCAUCCUGCUUGAGGCCCCAGUCUUCAGGAUUUUAUACUUCCGUCACAUCACAUUCAUCGACCUAGGUUAGUCACCCAACAACCAGCAGAUGUCUCCUUGUGCCGCAGUUGUUCAGUGCAAAAUCAAUCUUGUGAAGCUGUGAUGAGAAGAACGCGGUGGAACCAUUACCUGAAUAGUGACCGUUGUGCAGGUGAAUAAGCGAACGUAGCAGUAGUGAUAAGUGACUCUGACACCAGGUUGUUCCAUCUGUUCAAUAUAUCGGGGCACUGGCUGAAACCUUUUGAGCACUGUACAUACACCUGUCUACACAGCUCCUUUGUCAUUCAGCAACACCUUCAGUGAAGACUACAUUUUCAUGCUUUUAUUGAGAUCAGAGCUGGAUAUUUAUCUUGCGUGGCUGCAGACAUACUUUGUCUCUGAUAAGCAAUGAAUGAGAGAACAGGUACAUUCCCACCUGAUUGAAAUCAAAGCAAAGACGUCUCGGGUCACAGACACGCUGAUCAAGAAAAAUGGAGCCUGUGUGCCCUCAGCUCUCAUGUGGGUCGAGCUGAAGAACCUGCCAACUCAUGAGUCAAGGGGAAAAAAAACAAUACUGGAACAUAAAAUACUUAUUUCAAGAGUUCCUGGUACUCCUCCCUUAAACUGUUCAAGUGUGACGGGCGUGUGAGUGGACUUGGAAACAGAUUGUAAGUAACAAUUCUAACUAUUGUGAACAGACACGUGAAGCCAUAUUAACCGAGUGUUGACUGUGUGAGUGGUGGGAAGAUCCAAAUAUGCACCCCUAAGUUAUUGACUUUAUUACCAGUCAUAAUAGCACGAUUAAAACAUUCUUCAUGUCUGUAUGAUACUGUAUGUCAUCAUUAUCACUGCUGGAACGUGGAGUUAAUAUUUCACUUUAAAAAAUUCGACAAAAAGUCGACACUUUCCGAAAAAACACUAUUGUGAAGAGGACGAAUGUGCGAACUGAAAAUGUCAACAGCUCAGUUCAGGUUCUACUACUACGACAUUAAGACUACCUUAAUGAAGUGUUUAUGAAUGUGUUUCAGCCACUCACACAUGCUGUAUAUUCAUAAGUAAGAGCCAACCACUUCUUGCCAAAUAGGGAGCUUCUAUUUGUCUUCACUGUAAAGUUAUUGACCGACCAAGUCUAUCAGCGCUUUCAGUCAUUACCUUGAAGCGUCGUCUGUUGGUAAUUUAAGUCUCAUUUUAAGUCCCUAAAUAUUUAUCCAUUUAAAAUACUGAUUUAGAGGAGUGGAAAGUCUAUAUAUCAUGCAGGUCUUUCUUAUCACAAAUGGAGUAGAUUGAGAUAUGAUGGCUUGCAGAUGAAAGAGGUGAUACCUCGCCUUAAAAAAAAAAAAAAAAAAAAAAAAAAAGCUUUAUUUUCAAGUGAUUUCAAAAUUUGUGUGGCUCAUAAAGCCUUCAGCAGCUUGACUUGCUGCGAGGAUGUGGCAGAACACAGUUGCAGUGUUUUCCAUAUUAUCAUUUUGGUCAUCUUAACUUCCUCAUUUGAGUUGAGCACACUCUCAAAUGGCUUUUCUUUGAGCCUGACUGCAAGUCGGCUCAUAAAAAAGCUAUAAUCUAGGUGAAGUGUUUUAACAUUUUUAAACACAACUCUGCAUGUUCUCCUCUCUUUCGGAAUUUAUUGUAAUACCCCCACCUUUACUUUUCAGUGCCAUUUUAUUAUUUUAAUGAAACGCUGCUCUCCUUCAGUUCAUAGUGUAAACACAUCACUUACAAUUUGUUACAGUACACCAACACUAAAAAUAGAACUGUAGAAGCCAUCCAGCUGGAUCUACUUUUCAUUCCUGUUACAUGCUCUUUCAUCCACAUAGAUUUAGUUGUUUUUAUGCCUUUCAAUUCUGUUUCUCUUUCUCCUGAUUUGUAAUUCUCCAUGUUGUAAAUGUGUACACAAAGGUAAUGGCAAGUAAGAUGGCCUAUUAUUUUGUGCAAUUGAUUUAUUUUUAUAGUAUUUAAACAAGGUUUGCAUUGAGAGAAUUGUACCAGAUGUUUUAUUUUGAGGUGGGGGACUGCAAGGGGGGUCACAUCCAUACUGUCGACAGCUUCGUAGAUGAAUAAACACGGGAAAUGUCUACUAAUAAAAUCCUAAUUUCAGCCCUUGAGU